AUGACUGUGAGCUUCUUCGCAGCCACCGAUAUCAAGGUCCACCGCCAUCUCCGCUCGCGCGUCUCCGGGGCCUAUUCCAUGACUUCAAUUCUUUCCAUGGAACCCCUGGUGCAGGACGUCCUAGACCUAAAUAUCAGGAAGCUUGGGGAAUUUUCGGAUCGAGGAGAAAUCGUCCACAUGGACAAAUGGGCAAACUACUUCACUUUCGAUGUCGUUGGAAAGUUAGCGAUGGGGGGUACAAUUGGGUUUUUGGAACAGGGAAAAGAUGUCGAUGGAAUCAUUCGGUCGAUCCACGACGGUUUUUACCUCAUGGCAAACAUGGGAAAUGUGCCUUUUCAAAUGUUCUGGAUCAAUAAUCCCGUCACAAAGUGGUUUGUCAAAACCCUCGGCGGUGAGCGAUUGAACGCAUUCGACAUUUUUCUGGACUGGCUCGAAGAGAGAGUGGAAGAGAGAAUGAAGCAUGGCCUGCAACAUGACCAACGCAGAGACAUGCUCCAACACUACAUCGAGGCCAAAGACCCGCAGGGGCUGCCUGUUAAAAAAGGAGACGUCAUGAUCGAGGGCGUGAACAUCCUUGGAGCAGGAGCUGAUACAACAACAAUCGGGAUCCUCGCGAUUCUUGGGAGCCUUAUCACCAACCCGGAAGCCAAACAGAAGCUGCAACAAGAAAUCGACCAGGCGUACCAAGACAUGGAUCUGGACAAGCAACAUCGCGAAAUCACAUUCAAGGAAGCAGAGAAUUUACCGUACCUGUCUGCGGUUGUUUGCGAGAGUACUCGGCUGCAUCCUUCCAUACAGUACCAGCUUCCUCGAUACGCCCCCGCAGAAGGGGUCCAGAUUGGACCCUAUUACGUGCCUCCUGGUUCCGUUUGCGGCAUCAGCCCACGAAGCAUGAAUAGAUGUGAAGAUAUCUUCGGUUCUGAUGCUGAUGCAUUCCGCCCGGAGCGGUGGAUUGCGCAGGGGCCUGAAGACGUGGAAAGAAUAAAGCGACAGACUUCCCUCCUGACAACCUUUGGUAUGGGGAGUAGAAGUUGCGUGGGAAGACAUCUUGCCACAGUGGAAAUGUACAAGUACAUCGCCCAGUUUUUCAGGCAUUUUGAUGCCGAACCUGUGCGUCCAGAGAGGCCUUGGAACACCAAGACCCAGUGGUUUGCUUUCCAACGAGAAUUUCCUAUCAAGAUCAAGAGAAGAAGCCACGGAUGGAAGGAGGAGUACGUUCGUUUACUAAAUGAGCCUGCUUUGACAUAG